UGUAUGAACCUUCCAGUCCCAGGAUUCUAGAGAGAAGUGGUAAGUUGAGUUCAGUUUUUGACUGAGCCCUGGAGCCAGCAAUCCAGCCAUGAAGGUAGCCAGCAUCUUCCUUCUCACUGCCUUGGUCCUAUUGAGUUUAUCUGGUAGUACUAGAGCUAACUUCCUGGAAAGAAAGGCUAAAUGUACAAGUGCAGUGAGUGGAUGUCCCAAGAUUUAUAACCCUGUCUGCGGGACAGAUGGAGUUACUUAUUCUAAUGAAUGCGUGUUAUGUAUUGAAAAUAUGAAACACAAGACUCCUGUCCUCAUUCAAAAAUCUGGGCCUUGCUGAGAACCAAGGUUCUGAAAUCCCAUAAGAACACUAUGAUGCGGUGGCUGGCCUGAUUGUUGAAUAAAAUGCAUCUAAACAC